CCCACACACUGCUUGUUCGUCAGAGAAGACGCUCUUGUGAGGUCACCGAGGCCCGGGGGCGAGCCUGGUCCGGCGCUAUAUAAUCUUCCCGGUCCGGUGGACGAAACCAGCGCACUGAAUCAGACAGGAGACAAAGCAAGCACACACUGAGCAAACAAACAUGGUGAAGAUCACUUUCCAGCCAGUGUCGGCGCAGAAGCCCGAAAAAGACAACGAUGAGGACAAGAUCAUUAUACCUCAGGCUCACGGGCAGUCGGUUCACCCAGUCAGGCCAAAGAAGCCUUUUCCAACCGGCCUGUGCUGCCUUGCCUUGGGCCUGGCAGUUUUCUUGAUAGGACUGGUGUUGGCGUCUGUCUUUAUCUAUCGCCACUACUAUAUACCUCAGCAGAUCCCAGAAGACAGUUUGUUCCAUUGUCGGGUUAUCUUUGAGGACUCUGUGUAUGCUCCUCUGAGGGGGCGGCAAGAACUCGAGGAAAACGUCGGCAUCUACCUUGAAGACAACUACGAGCAGAUCAGCGUACCCGUGCCACGUUUUGGUGGCAGCGAUCCUGCUGAUAUCAUCCACGACUUUCAGAGGGGCCUUACAGCUUAUCACGACAUCGCACUGGACAAAUGCUACAUCACCGAGCUGAACACAACCUUAGUGAUGCCACCACGCAACCUGUGGGAGCUGCUUGUCAAUGUCAAGAGAGGGACGUACCUUCCUCAGACGUACAUCAUCCAGGAGGAGAUGAUGGUGACGGGGAGGGUGAGGAACAUGAGGCAGCUGGGCCCUUUCAUUCACAGGCUCUGUUACGGCAGAGAAACGUACCGCCUCAGACGCCGCAGCCAGCGCCAACGUAUUGAGAGGCGUGAGACCAAGAAUUGUCACAGCAUCCGCCACUUUGAGAACACUUUUGUGGUCGAGACUGUGAUCUGCGACCGGUUCUAAAUCUGAGGUGGAAAUCACAGCCAUCCAACACUGAAGCCAAUUUAAACCAUACCUCUUGAAUUCCUUAAGCGUUAAACUGCACUUUAAGAGCAAGCGUUUGUCUCGUAGUUUUAGUUUCAGAUCCAGUUGGAAUGUUUUUGUUUAUGCUUUUCUUUUUUUGAAACGUCCGUGUACUAUGUUAAUGUCUUUUUAAUUUAAACGGAUUCCUGGAUAAUGUUAUAGAUUUGUUAAGAUAUAUCUGUAGCUUGUCAUGUCGUGCAGAACGUGUUAACCUGUGCAUGUAAGUUUGUGACAUUUACAUCAAUGGACUUGAUUUCAUUUCAUUUUUAUACUUGUCCUCGUAUUUUUUCAAUUAAGUUAUUUUUAGUUACUUUUUUUGUUGUUGUUUUGAAUGUCGGAAGAUGGCGAAACAUACCUCAUGUAGUUAAGAUAUUACUUUGCUGGUUGAUAUCAUAAUGAGUGGUGUAUAUAACUUUGAUUGUUCCUAAGCAAUAUAUACUGUACAUUGAUUUUCUUCUUAAUUUCAUAUUGUUACAUGCAUAGAUUUUUAUCUGAGAUCAACUUGUUUUGUGGAUGAUCAUUUCUUUCUUGUUUGCCUUUUAGUUUUGUUCUUCUCACACUUUCCUACUCCUUGGAUAUAAACGGCUUUAGACUGUAAUUAGUAGCAGUGCUGUAGAAGGACAGAAGGAACCAAAGUCUGCAGUCAGGGAUGCUACAAGCUUGGUUUUAAGGACAUAUGAAUUAUUUAUAAAGAAUGCUUUAUAGUCUAGAUCACUUACUGUAGAUGAUAUCAAAGGCUAAAAACUCACGUUGUCUUGCUCUUCCUCCUCUUCACUCAGAUUUGCCUGUUGUCUUCAGCUCUUGCCAUUUCCCAAUCUUUCCUAUCUUGGCAUUAUAAUGUUCUCUGAUGUUUCGUCCCAGCUUAAAAAAGGAAAAGAUUUUGGGCUGUCUUUCUGAUGUAUAAGUUGGAGUAAAUCUGAUUCUGUUGAGAAAGAGAGAUCUGUGAUCUGUUGUCAUAUUUCACUGUCUUGGGUACUGUAUUUCGCUGUACAGUCAAUUUUUCUUGUAAAAUCUUGCUGCUUUGAGAAUAAAUUAUCAAACUUU